UCCCGCCACGGGGGCCGGAAGCAGCAUGAGAAGACCAGGUCAGGCCGCAGGGACCCGGACGCGCUCCACCGCGCAGCAGCGGCCGGCGGGUGCCCAGCAGGCGCCGCAGUGCCGCCCGCGGGAACUCCGGGUGCAGGCGCCAGUGGCGCGCGAUCCCGGAGCCUGCGCGGACAAGUGCUGACUGGUGCGGGAGGGGCCCGUGCGGCGGGGGAAGAAGGCGGAGUCCGCGGGGAAAACGAAACUGAGAGUGAGCGGCCCAGAUCCCACCAGGCUUCACAGACUGCAGCAGCGCGGGUGAGUGGCGAGGGGCCGACAACCAGGAGCCACAAGGGCGCUCGCCAUCCUGCAUCCCCAGCCUGGGACUGGACCCUGCACUUCCAGCCAUCUGGUCAUCAUAUACCCACUCCUAUUAUUUGUUUUUGGACGUUGUCUUCUUUGUUUCUUCAGUGGAGUGCAGUUUACUGGAGAAAGAAAAUGGCCAGUGGUCGUUCACCGUGUUUCUACAUAGAAGAACUUAAUAAAUACCAACAAAAGAACGAUGUCAUACUUAAGUAUCGUGAACUGUGUAAGACAGGACCUGCACAUAACUUGAGGUUUACGUAUCAAGUUGUAAUAGAUGAGAAAGAAUUCCCCAAAGCUGAAGGUAGAUCAAAGAAGGAAGCCAAAAAUGCUGCAGCCAAAUUAGCUUUUGAAAUAAUUAAUAAAGAACACAAGGCAAAUAGUUCUUCAUCACUGCCGACAGCAAAUCCUCCAGAUAGACAACUCACUGAGAAUUACAUAGGCCGUAUUAAUACGAUUUCCCAAAAGAAAAACCUAUCUGUAAAUAUGAACCAUGUGAACCGGGGGAAGAUGGGCCUGAAAAGUGAGAUGACAUACUUUUCUAUUUAUUGUAUCUAA